GAGAACAAAAAAAAAAAAACCUAAAUUAGCGGAAGAAAAAAAGAAGUUAAAACCGAAAGCGAAAGCAAGCUUGAUUGAUAUUUUGUGGGUUUCAAAGUUACAAGUUUUGAUUACGAACACGCAAGUAUAGCGUGAGAUCUUGAUUAGAGAGAGUUCUUGUAUUUAAUUAUUAGAUUCUUCAAUCUUGUUUCUGUAAAUUUCGGAUAUUUGAAAACAAGCAAAGAUGUGUAGUUUGGCUACAAAUCUGUUACUACCAUCGAAGAUGAAACCAGUUUUGCCAGAGAAACUGAGCACUAGCUCACUCUGUGUCACCACUAGAAGAUCUAAGAUGAAGAACCGAUCUAUUGUUCCUGUUGCAAGAUUGUUUGGACCGGCGAUUUUUGAAGCCUCCAAAUUGAAAGUAUUAUUCUUAGGAGUUGAUGAGAAGAAACAUCCAGCAAAACUUCCAAGAACUUACACUCUAACUCACAGCGACAUAACCGCUAAAUUAACUUUAGCUAUAUCUCAAUCCAUCAAUAACUCUCAGUUGCAAGGAUGGGCUAAUAAAUUGUUCCGGGACGAAAUAGUGGCCGAGUGGAAGAAAGUGAAAGGUAAAAUGUCGCUUCAUGUUCAUUGCCACAUUAGCGGAGGCCACUUCCUCUUGAAUCUCAUCGCGAAGCUUCGGUACUACAUCUUUUGCAAAGAAUUACCGGUGGUACUGAAAGCUUUUGUCCAUGGAGAUGAGUACUUGUUGAAUAAUCACCCUGAACUACAAGAAUCUCUUGUUUGGGUUUAUUUCCAUUCCAACAUACCGGAGUACAAUAAGGUCGAAUGUUGGGGCCCGCUUUGGGAGGCUACAUCACAGCACCAGCACGACGGAAAUAGGAACCGCAAAAAGAGUGAAAAUCUACCGGAGCUACCUUGCCCUGGUGAGUGCAAAUGUUGCUUUCCGCUGGUUAGCACGAUCCCAUGGUCUCAUCGUCAUUAUCAAAAUAGCGGAGCGGAUGAGUAUGUCGCGGAUGGCCUGUUUGGAAUCUCUAUACCUAACCCUGAGAAAUCAAAGGGAUAGAUCUAAUGUAAAUGUAUAAUUUCUUUUUCUUUGGUGGUUAGGAAAGUUAGAAGGAACAUAAAAGUCUAUUUGGUCGGUGUUAAGAGGGAAUGACAAUUGUAUAACAUUAGUCUCAGUAUUAUAAGUUCCUUCUGUAUUUGUUUUAUAAGGUGAAUAGUAUUAGACCCACCCACGUGUUAUACA